AUGCGGCCGUUGCUUCGACUGCACGCCCUCUUUGCUGCUCACCUCCGCGUGUCCACGGCCGUGCUGCGUACUCCUCUCUCCACCUCACCUUCCACUCAUCCUCGCCUUCCCCCUCUUCCUCGCGUGUGUGCGCAGCUCGGCGUGUGCGUCACGGUGUUGAAGCAGCAGUGCCGCGAGCACGGCGUUGCUCGAUGGCCGUUCCGCAAGAUCCGCAAGCUCGAUCACAUGCUGUGCGCGCUCGAGGGCGCAGUCAACCGCGGCCCGCCGGGCGCGGCGAGCAGCAGCGGCAAGCCCGCGCUAACGGCGCAGCAGGCGCACACGGACCACCAGCGGAAGCGCAAGAUUGGCGCGGUUAAGGAGACGCUGUCGGGACUCUUAACGGAUCCCAACUCCGCGGCGCAUAUGCGCCUCGGCAAGAUUAAGUACAAGCGCUUCCGGCCGUUCCUCGCGGAAGACGACCGGAACCUUCGCCCGCGGCCCCUGCACGCGUCGGCUCGACAAGUUCCCGCUCCCGCUGACGUUCCCGUUGACGCUGACAUUGACGUCGUCGUUAACGUUGACGUUGAGGACAAUAAAUCCAAUGCAGAGGAUCGCAACCCUGACGCUGACAUUGACCGUUCCCGUGCUGGCGUUGACCCUGGCGUUGACGCGCUACUGAGACCGGACUUUGACAUGAACGAGCUGCCUUGCAACGAGGACGAUGCUAGCACUAGUUUCGGCGCUCCGACACGUUGCGCGGACGGCGUUGCUCGCGCGGAAGGCAUUGGUUGCGCGGACGGCAUGGUCUGCGCGGACCAUAAUGGUUGCGCGGACGACGUUGCUCGCGCGGACAGCAUUACACGCCUCGACGGUGUUGCUCUCGAUUCCCAUGCAGCGCGCUCCCGUGCAGCCCGCUCUCGUGCAGCGCAGUCCCAUGCGCGCGCGCCUUUGCCUUUGGCGGAGCACCCCCCUCUCCUCUGA